GUCAAUACAAGGGUAUAUAUAUGCAAGUUAAGUUGAAAGCACAAGUAAAAAAUUUAAAGUUCACAAAAUGAAGUUUGUCUUUGGAGUUGGGCUUCUUGUAUUCGUUUGUGCACUGGUGUUGAAGACUGAAGGAAAAAGAAGAUGGCAGCUACUACCAGAAGUCCAUGAGAUUGAUAUGGUUAACCCCGCGGAACCGGAAACGCGUAUCACAUAUAAUGACGAGAAUACGAAAAUGACGGCAAUACACGAUUCAGAUAUCGACUCUUGUUUUUUGACUGACUAUGACCCCGAAUGGAACCUUAGUGGUGAAGAAAAGACGAAAAUUUCUAAAUCAAUUCCUUCCAAAACCAUCAAAUCACCAAUUGAAUUUCAAAGAUUUAAAAUUAAAGUUGGUGACGUCAUUUCAUCAAUGUGCAGACGACGUAAGCUGUUCUGGAUGACAAAACCGCGGAUUCCUCCAAAACAAGGUCCAAUGGUACCACAACCUCUCUCUCAUCAUAGUGCUGCUCACCCAGUGCCACAUCAUGGCGUUCCACAUCCAGUGCCACAUCACGGCGUUCCUCAUCCUGUGCCACAUCAUGGCAUACCUUACCCAGUGCCACAUCAUGACGUUCUUCACCCAGUGCCACAUCAUGGCGUUCCUCAUCCAGUCCCAAAUCAUGGCAUUCCUCACCCAGUGCCACAUCGUGACGUUCCCCACCCGGUGCCACACCAUGGCGUUCCUCACCCUAUGCCACAUCAUAUGAACCAUAAAUCAGCUCCAUAUAAAAUGGCAGUACCAGUUCCGGAUACGUAUAUCGUCCCCUCGAAAAGAGAAAUAAGGAAAGAUGUCGAGAUUGCUCCAAACAGUGAUAUGGCUGAUGAAUAUAUCAUUCCACCUAAACGAAAAGACUUCCGAUACAAAGACUGAGGAAUUAAAAAAAAAGCCUCCCAACACUAAGAUUGAGGAGUAGACGAAAUGGCUACCAACACCAAGACUCAUAUAAAAAAGCAUCUAUUGUAUAUAAUACAUAGAUUUUCAUUUGCAAAUACAAAUACAAGCUUUUCAGAAAAUGAAAAAUGUUAUUGGUAUAAAUGUAUAUUGGAAUAAAUAUUAUGCCUUUGCCAGAAAUCAAGCAAAAAUACCCAUCAACUUCAAAUGAUUAAAUAGCUAUCGACAAAGUAUAAAAACUGAUUUUGUCAUAUUUUAUAUAUGUCUUUCAUCAUAUACACAUUUAUACUAGCAUAUGUCUUUAAUUUGCAUAAACUUUUAUAUUGUUUUCAUUUACAUACACUUUUAUAAAAUAAUUUAUUAUAUACUGGAAAAUAAAAACAUUGAAAUUUU